AUGGUGGAAAAGGGUCCAUGGUCUUGCAAACCUGAAGAUCUGUUUUCUCCGUGUAAUUUCGACUCAGUUAAAGAACAGAAAAGGCCAGUGUUGCCAAGUAUGUCUGAACGUUGUUUUAAGAGCAGCAAUAUAGAUUCUAGCAGUGAUGGUGAUUCGGAUUAUCCGUUUUCCCACAAGGAGCGGCAUGCAAAUCUGAAGCAACCCUAUGGGACAACCUCUAGUGAGGUCACUUCCUGGAAUAGCAUUCACAAACAAAGACCAAACAUGGAUUCUGAUUCUUUAGAUUAUGUACAGAUGAAAACUCCUUCGAUGCACCCAGAUUGUAGCCAUACUUCAAAUUAUACACCCCUCCUUCCUGCCUCGUCUGGAUCAAGGUCUGAAUACGAUGAAUAUCCAUCAUAUGCAUUAAAUAUGGAGAAUUCUUAUGGUCAUAAUUUGGAGGCUACUUCCUGGAAAAUAAAUUAUAAGGAAGAAAAUCAAUAUCUUUAUAAUGGUGCAAAACUAACGAAUAGGGGUUUCAAAAGUGAAGAUAUGCAAUUCAAAAGUCCAGGUUCAACUUAG